GUGAGGGUAACUUCACAACCUGAUUUGGCAAUAUUCACCAUAUCAGAUUCUCAUUCAAUCCUCAGCAAAAUGAAAGGCUCCGUUUUCACCGUGUUUCUAGUCUCCGUCCUACUUGCUGUCUCAGAAGUGCAGAGCAAGGAGUCUCUGAAGCUCUGCGGGCUUGAGUUCGUAAGAACAGUCAUCUACAUCUGUGCUAGCUCCAGGUGGAGGAGGCACCUGGAAGGCACCCCUCAAGUUCAGCAAGCCAAGCCAGGAAACUACUUCCAGCUCCCAAAUGAACGUGAGGUUUCUGUGGAAAGCACAGCGCAAAAUCUUCCAAAGGUGGAUUCCUCUGGGGAGGAAAGUCUUCAGGAUGGAGAGCUGCCCAUCAACAGGCUUUGGAGGUCAAAGAACCAUUCAGUGAUGUCAAGACAAGAUUUACAAACUUCGUGCUGUGCUGAGGGCUGUUCCCUGACUGACCUGAGCAGUUUCUGCUAAGAGCAGACACUCGGUGGUUGGCAGAACUGUAGCACAUGUUCCAUUACAGUGUGUUACUGCCUGGUACAACACUUACAUCAUGUCAUUACAGUAAUGGCUUUUGGGUAGAUAAUCUUUCUUUCCUUACAGUUGUGGAUGAAUCAUUAAAACCAGAAUGAAGUCUAUUUUUUCUCCCUUUGCAAAGGUGAAUACACUGUUCUUUUCAAAUUUUAACUAAUGCUUUGAAAUUUCAAAUGCUGUGCAGAAUUAUAAUAAAAAUUCCAUAAACCAA